GAAAUCCCGUUAAGAACCCGUGGAGGACAGCAAUACGCCUAAAAUGCUCUAAUAGUCUGCUAGAAAAACAAAGAAGAAGAAGAAGAAGAAGAACAAGGAAAAAGCAAAAUGGCGUUUGACGGAGAAGGUCUAAACGUGGGCAUUAUAGUUCUGUAUUUUUAAUUAGUGCAUACAUGUACACACAUGUGCAGUCUAAUAGAUUAAAUUCCUUUAGUAAUUGUUUGUAUUCGGAUACAUAAGUCUGAGCGUAUUUUGACGCGUCUCUUGCUAGCUUAGUUUGCUAGUUAGCUUAGCUUGUUAGCUGCUACCAAAUAGACGCGGAAGUUAUCAACACAUCGCUAAGCAGAGAUCAAAUGUGAGUGUAAAGUGUUUUGAUUGUGUGAAAAUGUGCGAAAGAACGAUAGCAGAGUACGAGGAGGAACUUUGUCCAACAAAAGAGGACAAGGAGCGACAACAUCAACUACUGGACGCUGUUUUCAAGAAACAUCAAGUGGUGUUACACAGAACAGACGUCCAGCAGCCCCCCUACUUUAAAGAGGUAGAGGAGGAGCCACAGCCCCCACAUAUUAAAGAGGACAAGGAGGAAGUGUGGAUCAGUCAGGAGGGAGACUGUCUUCUAGGGCAGGUGGAGGCUCAUCUCACCAAGUUUCCACUGACUGUUGUCUCUGUGAAGACUGAAUACCAUGAAGACAAACCACCUGAGUCCUCACAGUUUCAUCACAGUCCAAACGUAUGUGAAGAACAUAUUCUCCCUGAGCACCAGAAGUGGAGAUUCAGGAUGGAGCAGGAAGAGCCACAGCCCUCCCACAUUAAAGAUGAAGACGAAGUGCCAGAGACCGCUCACAUUAAAAAAGAAGAGGAGGACCCAUUGACCCUCCACCUUAAAAAUGAAGAGGAUCCACUGACUCCCCAUUUUACAGAGGAAGAGAUGCCACGGACCCCUCACCUAAAAAAGGAAGAGAAUGAGCCACAGCCCCCCCACAUCAAAGAGGAAGAGGAGGAACACAGCAUCAGUCAGGAGGGAGAGCAUCUUGAAUGGUUGGAGGAGUUCCCAGUGAUUGGUGUGAUUGUGAAGCGUGAAGAUGAUGAUGUCAAAGGUGAAAGUGAGGAGAAGAGAGUGGUGGAAUCUCCAAGCAGCAGCUCAACUCAACACAUGACAACAGAAGCUGAUGGAGACCACUGUGGAGGAUCACAAGCAGACAAGCUCUUAGCUCCACUAUCAGAUGGUGACGACACAACGUCACACUCUCCUGACACUGAUGAUGAAGACUCUAAAGCUGAUAAGACAUGUCACACUGACAACACACGCUUUAAGUGUUCUCACUGUAACAAAAUGUUUAAAUAUCAUUGUCGUCUAAAAAGACACUUGAUAAUACACACUGGAGAAAAACCAUUCUCCUGUUCAAGCUGCAACAAAAGCUUUUCUGACCCAUCAGCACUGAUAAAACACAUGAGAACACACACUGGAGAAAAACCUUUUUCCUGCUCAGACUGUGGUAAAGGUUUUACACAAAAAUUUAGUUUGAAAGUACACAUGCAAAUACACAGCGGAAAAAAAACAUUUUCUUGUUCAAUCUGUGGUAAAAGUUUUGUACAAAGUAAUAAUUUAAAAGUACACAUGAGAAUACACACUGGUGAAAAUCCUUUUACCUGUCCAAUCUGUGGUAAAGGUUUUGUAACAAGUCAAAAUUUGAAAUUACAUCUGAGAACACACACUCGAGAAAAACCUUUUACCUGUUCAAUCUGUGGUAAAGGUUAUGCAUCUAGUCAAUAUUUAAGACUACAUGUGAGAACACACAGUGGAGAAAAAGCUGUUACCUGUUCAAUCUGUGGUAAAGGUUAUGUAACGAGUCAAUAUUUGAAAUUACACAUGAGAAUGCACACUGGUGAAAAACCUGUUACAUGUUCAGUCUGUGGUAAAGGUUAUGUAAACAAUCAAAGUUUGAAAGUACACAUGCGAAUACACACUGGUGAAAAAACAUAUUCCUGUUCAAACUGCAAGAAAAGCUUUUGUAACCAAGCAAACUUUGUAGCACACAUGAAAACACAUACUGGUGAAAAACAAUAUUCCUGUUCAAGCUGCAACAAAAGUUUUUGUGACCGAUCAGCACUGGCAGCACACAUGAGAACACACACUGGCAAGAAAGUGUUUAGUUGCAGUGAGUGUGGUGAAAGAUUCUCUUAUAAGUACCAGUGUAAGAAACACAAGUGUGCUGGUGAGAACAGCAGCAGCAAAUGAAGUCAAAACUUUGAUCAAUUUGAAUUUCUAACAACAUCAGCACAUACAGUACAACAUGAGUGACAUCACUGUUGUGUGUGUAUAACACCAUCCAUGCAUCCAUUUUUUUUACUGCUUGUCCCUUUCAAACUUGUUAAUAUGCUUCUAACAAUUAUAAGUGAGAUAUUUUAAAUUGAUUCUUGUUUCACUCAAGUACAUCCUUCAAUAUACAACAUUGUGUACGUUGUUUAAUUGAACAGCAAUUUAACUGCAAAGAUGAGUAAACACUACAAAACAUACUGUAUGUUACAUACAAUAAACAUUUUGUUUAUUUAUAAUUCACUUUUGUACUUAUUCACAAUAAUGUUUUAUAUAUGUUUUUAAAAUAUUGAAGUGUUAGAUAUUUUCAUGUCUAAUUGUAAAUGGUUCCAUAGAUGAACUCAUUUGAUAUAUUAUACAUAUUUGUUUUACAUGUGUUCAUACCUUUGCUUUUGAGUACACAUAAAUCCCUCUUAGUUCAUACUUACUGGUUCACAUCUGAAACAUCUUCUGGACCACUUCCGGAAGCAUAUUAUUAUUUACUUUAUACAUAAUUUGAGCAGUUUUGUUUUAUACAAGAUAAUUUACUUCUAAUAUGUGAGACUUUACUCACUCUUGUAAUGUGAAUAUUGUUUUGUGAUUGUUUUAUAUGUAUAUCCCCAGACCUUUUAUGCAAUAAGUAGUGUAUGCUUCAAAAAAGCUGGGUACAAUAAAUGUAGUCAAUAGUUGUUAUGUUUGUAUUUGUUCUUUAUAUGAUUUAAAUGUAGUUUGUAGCUUAGUUAAUCAACUAUGAUAACUCCUAACAAUGUGAUUACCUUUACUCUUUUUAUUUCAAUAUUAUCCAUCAUCUUUUUAUGAAUGCACCUGACACUUAUUUGAAAAAACUGGAUACUGUAUAUCACUGUGCCUUACGUUUUAUUACUAGUUGUGGUCAACUGUCCAUCUUUGUCAGUUCGCAGAUGGAUGUUUUUUUUUAAUAUAAAUCACUUCUUGGUCUGGUUCCCCCUAAUGGUG